GUCACCAUGCAUUCUUCUAAUAUUUCAAGAACCCACCACUUCCUGUACUACCGCAAGUACAAUUUCCGAUUUUCAUAUCCCAACUACUGUACUACUACUACUACAUCUGAACGCACCACCAUGGAGAAGUACUCCAAAGAUGCUGUUGGCGAGGAGGCGAUCAAGGAUCAACUGAGGGAAGGCUUUGCCAAAAAUGCCUGCGAUUAUGAUCCUUCCAAUCGUGAAUUUGAUGAGAUUCUCCCUCAUCUUCUAAACAUCUAUGCAUCCCAUGCCACACCUCAAGAUUUUGAUAUCUAUGCUCCUGAUGCAACCUUUGAAGACCCGCUGAUGCGAGCUCAAGGGAUAAAGCAGAUUAAGUCAGCUUUCUACUCAAUUCCCAAGGUUUUCAGUGAGUCAAGAAUCACAGAAUAUAGCAUCAAAGAGAAUGUAAUUUCACCUAGAAAGGAGGAGAUACUCAUGGACAACAAGCAGUAUUACAAAUUUCUGGGGAAAGAUAUACAUAUGAUAUCCCUUAUCAAAUUGCAGAUAGAGAACGGGAAGAUCGUUCGACAUGAAGAUUGGUGGGAUCAGAAGCCCCUAUGGAACAGUGAGACGGUUCGGCUGCCACUGGUCGGGCGGCUCGCAGAAAUGACUCGCCGGGCCUCAAUGUUGGUUACUCAUUGUCUGAUGCGGUUUGGCAAGGAUCCAAGCAAUUGACAACUACUCAAAGUGUAUGCGCGCGCGCGUAUAAAGCUUUGGUUACUAUCUUAAAACAAUUGGUAUGUUGUAUUGUAACUAAAACUUGCAAAUAUUUUGGAAUUAAGGGUCAGCUGACAUGGACUUGUAAUAGUUUGGGGUUCUGAGUUGAACUUAGUUAAGAUGAAUUUGUAAUUGGAUCCCAGGUUUAAUCCUGUUUGAAAACUUAAUUCAGCACUUAAAUUUAAUAAA